CACAGAAUGGCCUCGGACAGCCAGGCAGCUCCUGACGUGUCGGGGAGGAGCCGGGCGCGGAGGACCGUGCAACGGAGCUUUGGGCGGUGGAGGGGAGCGGAGCUGAGCGGCUGGGCGGGCCUGGCCAGGCCAGUGGAGCAGAGACGUCGGUCGAGCCGCGGCGAACAUGCGUUUUUGACACAUUGGAGGCUUUCUUGAUCAUGGAUGGUGAAGAUAUACCAGAUUUUUCAAAUUUAAAGGAAGAAACUGCUUAUUGGAAGGCACUUUCCUUGAAGUAUAAACAAAGCUUUCAGGAAGCUCGGGAUGAGCUAGUUGAAUUCCAGGAAGGAAGCAGAGAAUUAGAAGCAGAAUUGGAGGCACAGUUAGUACAGGCUGAACAAAGAAAUAGAGACCUGCAAGCUGAUAACCAAAGACUGAAAUAUGAAGUGGAGGCAUUAAAGGAGAAACUAGAACAUCAAUACGCCCAGAGCUACAAGCAGGUCUCAGUAUUAGAAGAUGAUUUAAGUCAGACCCGGGCCAUUAAGGAGCAGUUGCAUAAGUAUGUGAGAGAGCUGGAGCAGGCCAAUGAUGACCUGGAGCGAGCAAAAAGGGCAACAAUAGUUUCACUGGAAGACUUUGAACAAAGGCUAAAUCAGGCCAUUGAAAGAAAUGCAUUUUUAGAAAGUGAACUUGAUGAAAAGGAAUCUUUGUUGGUCUCUGUACAGAGGUUAAAGGAUGAAGCAAGAGAUUUAAGACAAGAGCUAGCAGUUCGGGAAAGACAACAGGAAGUGACCCGAAAGUCAGCUCCCAGUUCUCCGACUCUAGACUGUGAGAAGAUGGAUUCUGCUGUACAGGCUUCACUGUCCUUACCAGCGACUCCUGUUGGCAAAGGAACAGAAAACAGUUUUCCAUCACCAAAAGCUAUACCAAAUGGUUUUGGAACCAGUCCACUAACUCCUUCUGCUAGGAUAUCAGCACUAAACAUUGUGGGGGAUCUCUUACGGAAAGUAGGGGCUUUAGAAUCCAAAUUAGCAGCUUGCAGAAAUUUUGCAAAGGACCAAGCAUCACGAAAAUCCUAUAUUUCAGGGAACGUUAACUGUGGGGUGAUGAACAGCAAUGGCACAAAGUUCUCUCGAUCAGGGCACACAUCUUUCUUCGACAAAGGGCAAGAAAAAGUCAUAUUUCCCACGUUGUUCAUGGGGCAGUAAACGGCUUCGACCCAGCUCCUCCUCCUGGCCUGGGCUCCUCACGCCCAUCCUCAGCACCUGGUAUGCUGCCUCUCAGUGUGUGAGUGCCCAGCCUCCAGGUGGGGGCCCUGCCCUCCUCCAGCAGCCCAGGACACCCACGCCUCGCCCUUCGGUGCCUGGGCCCAGCCCUGUGACCCUCCGUCUGCCUUCUCGCAGUUGGCAGAGGGCAGGCUGCAUGCAGUGGUGGCUGCUGGGCCCCGCCCAGCCCCAGGACUCUGCGCGAUAUCAAUAUUGGCUAUUUUCUCUUCUCGCCGUAGUGCCGUUGGUUUCACAUGAUUGCACUUUUGUGGGUCAUAAGGUGAUACAUAUGUGUAUUACUUGGUCACUGGAUGCGGAAGUACCUGUUCAUCACACUUGCCUCAUACCCCUACUCUGCUGUGCUGAUAGGAUUUAGUUGUGUUUAGGACAUUGCAGAUCUUCUAGAAGUUCUUCCCCAAUCAGGUUGGUGUGUGCCCAUCCAAGCUCUCACCCAGGCAUCGUCAGUGCUCACAAUCAUGUCUCACCCCCAAACUUGACCCUACAGUUUGGCCUGUUUCUGGAAAAGAGUCAGGAAUGUCACUGAAUUAGGGAAUACUGUCCGCACCUUAUGAUUUUAUGUAAGUAGUUUCCAUUCCAUAGACUUGCCUCCCAAAGCAGCAAGAUGCCGCCUGAGCUGCAGGCGGCAGGAGCUUCCAGGGCUCCAGGACUGAGCCUUGGUGCUGCCUCCUCCAUGUGCCUCAGACUCAGGGGAGGCAGGUGGCAACCUCCUCGCCAGCCUUCAGUUCAGUGACAUCCUCAGAGCAUUUGUUUUCUCUUCUGAAGGUCCAUCCAGCGCAUCAGGAAGGGUUGAGGGGUCUGAUUCUGGGAGCUGGCCUGCUGGCUCCUAGGGGUACUGACCAGAAGUGGUUGUCCCUUACAUCCUUUGAUUGCUCUCAUGCUGCACUUACUGUUUACAUUUGUUUUAUUGUAUAUAGGUUUGUAAACAUUAUUGCCUAAGAUACUUGUAUAUAACUUAGGCUUUGUAGCUUUUAUUUAUUCAGAACUCAUAUGGCAUGUUAAUGAUUUAUGAUGGUGUCCUUCUCUGGGCAGCUGUAUAGGAUCAUCAUGUGGUUAAAAACAAAAUACUUCCCCUCCGAAAGAAAAUCUUUUAAUGUGGAAACAAUAAAUUUCACAGAAAAAAAGAAUUGAGGUUGUUUU